UAGUCCUACCAGCUGCCACCAUGCCUGCAGACUUCAGUGGGAAAUGGAUACUGGAAACCAGUGACAAAUUUGAGGAGUAUCUGAAAGUAUUAAAUAUUGACUUUGCCACAAGGAAAAUUGCAAUUUCCUUGUCUCAGACCAAGGUUGUUACUCAAGAUGGAGACAAGUUUGAGUUCAAAACCCUAAGCACCUUCAGGAAUUAUGAGCUGGCCUUCACCGUAGGCGUGGAAUUUGAUGAGUACACCAAGGGAUUAGACAACAGAAACAUCAAGAGUCUGGUGACGUGGGAGGGGGACAAGCUGGUGUGCACACAGAAAGGAGAGAAGGCCAACCGAGGCUGGAAGCACUGGAUCGAAGACGAAAAACUCUAUCUGGAGCUGACGUGUGAGGACAUAGUUUGUAUUCAGGUGUUCAAGAGAAAAGAAUAAAGAGGCAAAUGUCUGUUUUUGUAUUUAUAUACUUGCUCUAAAAGGUCUGUGUGUGCUCCUCUG